AUGCAGGCGGAAAAGGCAGAGUCAAUGUCUGAUAGCGACCACCCUAAUCCGCCAGCACCCGUUGGAUUCUUCGAUCCGGCACUGAAAGAAGUGCGGAAGCGCGUGUUCUAUCAAUGUGCUCGGACAGUCCUCAUCCUAUGCGUCUUCGUUCUGACUGUUUUGUCGAUCUUCUGGGGCUCCCAGUUCCUCACCGAAAAGAAAUAUCCCAAUCUCCACGUUUGGGUGGUCGACUUCGACGGCCAAGUCGAACCAUACCUCACCAAUGACGCCAUUGUCGGACCAGCCGUGAUCAACACAACCAAGAAUUAUGAAGCUUCGUCCAGCCUCCACUUAGGCUACCACUUCAAAUCGGCCGCAGAUUUCAACUACGAUCCCUGGAAAGUCCGCCAAGCAGUCUAUGAUGAACACACCUACGCCGCGGUCAUUAUCAAUCCAAACGCAACAUCUCUCCUUCGUUCAGCGAUCAACAAUGACAACAAAACCUACGACCCCGCCGGCGCAAUCCAAACAGUCAUCAUCUCCGCUAGAGACGAAAAUACCUAUUACACCUACAUCCUGCCAGACCUAGCCAUCCUCCAGACCCUGAUCCAGUCCGAAUUCGGUCCAAAGUGGGCCCGCGAAUUAGUCUCCUCAUCCACAAAUCUAUCCAACAUCCCCCCACAAGCGAUCAACCCGGGUAUCGGAUUCACGAAUAUUGAUCUCCGCCCUUUCGCGCCCGCUGUCGCCGCCCCGGCCGUUUCGAUCGGAUUAAUCUACCUGAUAAUUAUCUCGUUCUUCAAUUUCCCUUUCUUGAUGCCGAUUCAUGCUCAAUUCAUGAAACCGGAUGGUCACCCGCCUCUCAAGGUUCCGCAUUGGCUUAUCUGGCGCGCGUGCGCUAGUAUCACGGCUUAUUUCUUUUUGUCGUUGUUUUACUCAUUUGUUUCCCUUGCAUUUCAGAUUCCUUUCAAUAAUUCGCCUGCACCGGAUACGCUGUCUGCUAAUAAUGCGAAUGCGUACGGUCAUGGCUCGUUUGUGGUGUUUUGGAUGCUGAACUGGGUGGGUAUGGCGGCGUUGGGAUUCCCUUGUGAGAAUAUGGCUAUGGUCUUGGGAUUCCCGUGGAGUUCGUUUUUCCUCAUUUUCUGGGUCAUUACGAAUGUGGCUACGGGCUUUUAUUCUUUGGAUUUGGCCUCGGAUUUCUUUCGCUGGGGGUAUGCGUGGCCGUUGCAUCGGAUUGUCGAGGCUCUGCGGACUAUUUUGUUCGGGACGCAUUCGCGUAUUGGCUUGGACUUUGGAGUCCUAUUUGCUUGGAUCGUUGUCUCGUUGGCAUUCUAUCCUGUCGCCACGCUUAUUAUGCGUUGGAAAAUGAAGCGUGGACUUUAG